AGUCAAAAGUCCCCCGUAGCACAGGCCUCAACCAGGAAAGAAGAGACCUCGCACCAGCUAUGUCCAAUGUUGCUUUUACAAACAGAGCUUGUAAAAACAGGUACUUCAUCAAAUGAACUGCUAUUCGUAUUAAAUGAAUGAGAACACAUUUCCGUCGGCUGAAAUUUCAAGACAACAACGUACGUCAAAGUGGAAGACAGGGAUCACGGCUGGUCAACUGGGCGAGGAUGCUGAAUGGCCCCUGAACCGGGUAUCACAAGAAGAGGCGUGGGGGAGGGGAUUCCGGAAGUCAUCAUACACAGCAAGUUGCGUUUGAAUGUCCUAGAAGAUCGAGAACACCCGACAUCCUGUUCAGUCCACCAGCAGUUGAACAUGGUCGCUCCUGUGAGGGGACACUGGCUCAUCUAGUGGACGUGGAGAGGGGUAUUUCAGAAGGUGUUGAGUAAGAGAGUGAGCAUUUUGGGUCGGUGUGCGAGGGAGGGGCGCCGAGCUUCGGUACGAUGGCAGACAAAGUGAACACGCUGCCGUUCUUCUACGGCAACAUCACCCGGGAGGAGGCGGAGGACUUCCUGAGACAGGGCGGCAUGACCGACGGGCUCUACCUGCUGCGGCAGAGCCGGAACUACCUGGGCGGCUAUGCUCUCUCCGUGGCUCACAGCAGGCAGUGCUACCAUUACACCAUCGAGCGCGAGCUGAAUGACACCUACGCCAUCGCCGGGGGCAGGUCCCACCGCAACCCCGCCGACCUCAUCGAGUACCACUCCCAGGAGUCAGACGGCCUGGUGUGCCUGCUGAAGAAGCCUCUCAGCCGCCCCAGGGGCGUGGAGCCCAAGGUGGGGCCCUUCGAGGACCUGAAGGAGCAGCUGAUUAGGGAGUACGUGAAACAGACAUGGAACUUGCAGGGAGCGGCUCUGGAGCAGGCCAUCAUCAGCCAGAGGCCCCAGCUGGAGAAGCUGAUUGCCACCACCGCGCACGAGAAGAUGCCCUGGUUCCACGGCAAGAUCUCGCGGGAGGAGUCCGAGCCACGUCUACUCAGCAGCAAUCGCACCAACGGCAAAUUCCUAAUAAGAGAGAGGGACGAAAAGGGCUCCUAUGCGCUCUGCCUGCUCCACGGCGGCCAUGUUAUGCACUAUCGCAUCGACAAGGACAAGGCGGGAAAGCUCUCCAUCCCUGAUGGCAAAAAGUUCGACACACUCUGGCAGCUGGUGGAGCACUACUCCUACAAACCAGACGGGCUCCUCCGAGUCUUGACCGAGCCGUGUCCACGUCCCAAUGGUGCUGAUGCCGUGAGCUUUGCUCGGCCCCCUCUUCCUCGGCCUGUUUGCAAGCGAGGUGUGACAGGUGGAAUUCUCUCCAGACUCACAUCCAACUCCUUCCCCAAACCUGGCAGCAAAAAGCUUCCCUUUUUCAGUUCGCGCCACAAAACCACUGAUAACCUCAAUCCCUAUGAGUCCAGAGUGGGAAAUACUGUUAACAAAGAGGCCAUGCCCAUGGACACAGAGGUGUACGAGAGCCCAUACGCCGAUCCGGAUGAGCUGAGGACUUCCACUGUCGAUCGGAACCAGCUCUUCCUGGAGGACGGAGAGCUGGGGUCAGGAAACUUCGGCACGGUCCUCAAAGGCAUCUACAAGAUGAGGAAGACGGAGAAGCAGGUGGCGGUGAAGAUCCUGAAGAACGACGACAACAACGCGGCGGUGCGGGAGGAGAUGCUGCGCGAGGCCAACGUCAUGCAGCAGCUGGACAACCCCUACAUCGUGCGCAUGAUCGGCAUCUGCGAGGCCGAGAACCUCAUGCUGGUCAUGGAGCUGGCCGACCUAGGCCCGCUCAACAAGUUCCUGCAGAAAAACAAACAGAUAUCCAUGAAGAACGUCACAGAGCUGGUCCACCAGGUGUCCAUGGGCAUGAAGUAUCUGGAGGAGCAUAACUUCGUCCACAGAGACCUGGCGGCCAGGAACGUGCUGCUGGUCACCCAGCACUAUGCCAAAAUCAGCGACUUCGGGCUCUCCAAAGCCCUAACUGAGGAAGAAAACUACUAUAAGGCAAAAGGUCAUGGCAAGUGGCCAGUAAAAUGGUACGCCCCAGAGUGUAUGAACUUCUUCAAAUUCUCCUGCAAGAGCGACGUGUGGAGCUUUGGUGUCCUGAUGUGGGAGGCCUAUUCCUUAGGACAGAAACCAUACAAGGGAAUGAAAGGAAAUGAGGUCAUUCAGAUGAUCGAGAAUGGAGAGAGGAUGUCGGCCCCACCCAACUGCCCCCCGGAGAUGUAUGAGCUCAUGAAGACAUGUUGGACUUACAAACCGGAUGAGAGACCUGCAUUCGCGGUUGUUGAACCAAGGCUCAGAGACUACUACUAUGACAUUUCACAGUAAUUAUCUUUUGUGCCACCAGGUGGCAGUGUGGAGUACGGGUUAGGACUGUUAUGCAAAGGAUCUAAAAAUUACAGGUACAAACCCAGUGUGGAGCUCUUAUGCUGUUCCUCUGAGACAGACACAUUACCUGAAUUUCUUCCGGAAAGAAAGAUUUUAAGACUGUAGAACAAUUAAGAAUGUUUUGUAGGUCUACACUUAUGAAGUGAAUAUCAAAAUAUGUUAAUUGAACUGGAUGAUCUGAUACAAACAUUUAACAGUAUAACAUUGUAAAAUACUGAACACAUCCACAGUUGCACAAUAAAACCAAUGCAUUGAUAGAUAAC